ACCUGUAUUUAAUGGAGGGAAUGUGGAAGGGAAAGAUCAGACUACACGAAGAAAUUAUUGCAACGCCUCCCAAGAAUCCUAUCGAUUUUCCAGACCCAAAGAAGAAGAUCCAGACAAGCUCUUCCGGGGUAGGACAUUUCGAGAAGAAUCAAUCUUGAAGGGUAGUUAUCAGAGUUGCAGUUUUGAAUGUUUUACUUGCAUAACACUUGAUCGGUGGUUGUCAAGGCUGACUGGGGGGAUAGGGAGAGUUAUGGGGGGGAUGAAGCUGGUGGCGCUGAUGAUUUUUGCGGUGCUUUCUGUUACAUCGGCGGCGGAGAAAUGGUGGAAGCUAGAUUCCAGACGAGUCUUUUCUUCACCGUCGGCGGUCAAAUCUAUGCGCACUUCUUCCAUAGUACUCCCACUUCACGGCAAUGUUUAUCCCUAUGGUUUUUAUUUUACCCAAGUCAAUAUAGGGAAGCCGCCAAAGCCCUACUUUCUUGAUCCUGACACUGGCAGUGACCUCACGUGGCUUCAGUGUGAUGCUCCCUGUAGUCGCUGCACGAAGACACCUCACCCACUAUACAAGCCCAAUACUGAACUUAUUGGCUGUAAGGACCCUCUUUGUGCCUCAUUGCAGUCGGGUGAACAGAACUGUGAGACUCUAGAACAAUGUGAUUAUGAGGUUCAGUAUGCAGAUGGGGGUUCUACUCUUGGUGUCCUUCUUACUGACGUUUUCUCUCUCAGCCUCACCAGUGGGGUUGAGAUUGAUCCUAGGCUAGUUAUUGGAUGUGGAUACGAUCAGGUAAUUGGUCACUCUCACCAUCCAGUAGAUGGCGUACUUGGACUGGGAAAAGGGCCAACAAGCAUUCUUUCACAGCUUAGGAAAAUGGGUCUGGUGCGAAAUGUUGUUGGCCAUUGUUUGGGUGGGCAAGGAGGGUAUCUCUUCUUUGGCGAUCAAGUCUAUGAUGCUUCAGAAGUAGUUUGGACUCCAAUGUUGCAUGAUUACAAGAGCCACUACUCACCAGGAGUUGCAGAGCUGAGUUUUGAUGGUAUUAGUACAGGGGUUAAAAAUCUUCUUGUAAUUUUUGAUAGUGGGAGCUCUUAUAGUUAUCUACAUUUUGAGGCAUACCUAGCUUUCAUUUCUCUGAUAGAAGAAGGACUGAGUGGCAAGCCUUUGAGAAAAGUGGAUGAUGAUGACACUCUCCCACUAUGCUGGAAGGGCAAGAAGCCUUUGAAAACAGUUCAGGAUGUCAAGCAAUACUUCAAACCUUUUGCACUAGGCUUUUCCAAUGGACGGAAGGCCAAAUCUCUGUUCGAGAUAUCCCCAGAAUCAUAUCUUAUCAUCUCAUCUAAAGGCAGUGUCUGUUUGGGGGUUCUCAAUGGUACAGAAGCAGGCCUGCAAGAUAUUAACAUCAUCGGAGAUAUAUCCAUGCAAAAUAAAAUGGUGAUUUAUGACAAUGAGAAGAAAUCAAUAGGAUGGACCGCUGCAAAGUGUGAUAAUCCAUCAAGAUCAAACUCUUUUCAGAUCCCUCAAUAUCAGAAACAACCUACACAUCAAGAACUUUAGUAUUUGUGCCUCCAUAGGAUAUUCAGUGGCAGGCAUCCGUUCUGGCAAAUGCAAAACAAUUUUUUAUCUGAGUUUUUCUUGGAUGUAGAGCUCGCUUGAUCUUCAGUUUUCUACCCUUUUCAAACCCAAAGAUUUUGCAUCAGGUAUGAUGUGGGUGAUCACAGAGUUCUAUUAUUCAAAUGGGUUGGUGGUGUUAUAAGCUCAGUAAUGCUACACGAAUAAUACUGAACCUUGUUUAAGGGGCGUUCUUGGCUUUCAUUAGAGUGUAUAUAUUAGCAAUGACAUUUUGUAAGCACAGUUUUAAGUGAACCUUUUUUUUUUGUUUUUUCUGUAGACUGUAGAAUAUUUGAAACUACUUUACAGUUUUAAGUACAAAAGUGUAAACUCACAUUUAAGUCAUUAGAUUGUUUAUCUUUUUGCAUACUCAGAUGACCUUCUA